AUGUUAGAAGAUGUGAAUACGAGUCGGCGCGAAGUGUACGAAACCUUGAAAUUGUGCAAUUUCUGUUCCCGUUGCAUAGGCAUAUCUUUCAUAGAUGACCCACCGCGUACCUUUAUGGGUAAAUUGAAGAUUACUGCGUUGUAUAUCUUCUCCAUCAGCGCCUUGGUCGGGCUGAUAGCAGGCGAGUUCACAUACGUUCUCAGCUUACUCGUUGGAUCAACUUCGGUAGCGGAAUUUGUUGCCAGCUUACAUAUCGUUGGAUAUGGCAUCAUGGGCUUAUGCAAAUGCUUGAUACUUUGGCUCAAGCGGCCUGUGUUUAGGCAGGUGGUAAACGAGCUGGUUAAGCUGUGGCCAGUGAACGUCGAGGAUGAAGAAGGCGCAGCUCUCAAACGACGGAGUGUUAACGCACUUCGUCUUGGACAAUUGAGUUACAUGAUAUGGAAUGUCGCUGGUUGCGCAAUGUACGCUGUCACGCCUGUCAUGCUUCACGUUUACCGACUAAUUCGCAAUGUACCUUCUGACCUCGGCUAUGUUUGGGCAGCCACCUAUCCCUUUGACAAAACCAAGCCUGGAUAUCACGAAUUCAUAUUUGUCUACGAAGCUUUCUCAGGUCUUGUGUCCGUCUGGGGAAUGUUAGGGUCUGAUAUGAUGUUUACGACAAUGGCAAGUAAUAUUACGAUGUUGUUGCGAUUCCUCCAGAUCAAAAUUCGCAAUCUGGGUAUAAACAAGUUAGGUCCCACGCCGGUCUUGACAGACGACAAAUCUACGAACAUCGACUGUUUCGACGAAAUAGUCUCUGUUAUUAAAAUUCACCAACGGCUUAUAAGCUACAAGGACGAUUUAGAAGAAGUCUUUUCAAUGGUGAAUCUCAUCAAUGUGUUGUUAAGUUCUAUUAAUAUCUGCUGCGUUGUCUUCAAUAUAGUGCUUUUAGAGCCGUGGAUGGACAUGAGCAAUAAAUUGUUCCUGGGAGCUGCAUUAACGCAAGUGGGUAUACUUUGCUGGUACGCUGACGACAUAUACAAAGCUAGUAUAGGGGUUGCCGCGGCUGUCUACGAAUGUCGAUGGUAUAGAAGCAACAUUCGCUGCCGAAGACUACUACUUUUGUUGCUUCAAAGGUCACAAAAGCCGCUCUACUUUACUGCGUUGAAAUUUCGAAAUAUAACUAUGAACACAUAUACAUCUAUCCUAACAACGUCUUACUCUUACUUCACUUUACUUUACACCAUGUAUGACAAACAGUGA